CAUAAUGCGGAAGAAACUCGAUCGACUUGGGAGCUAACUUUCGAUUAGAGCAGCGACUUUACCAGCAUGACUAGUGGUCGUGUCGCCGUUCAUACGCAGGGGGAAAACACGUGAAUAGCUCAUGUCGUUAAAGUCCAAAUGUCUUACCUUUCAUUUCCAGAACUGUCUGUAGCUAUGGUAAACACAGCUCUCUUCGAACAGUUGCCGCCGUAGUAAACAUGCUAGCAGAUGAAUCUUCUUUUUGGCUUCCUGCUUGUCAACCAUAGAUAUUUGCACGAAUACGGGAGUGUGAAUUGUGGGAUAUGAAGUUCUACCCCGUUUGCGAUGCCAAAUAUACGAACAUGGAGAAGCUGGCACAAUUGUUGCGCAUGCAACACGCACACAACGCUGUAAAGUCACAACAAUAGAACUGGGAAUAACCUUAAACAGGCAACAAAAACAAAAAAAAAGUUCAAACGUCCUCUAUUGUUAUUGCACUUGUUGGUGUUGGCAAAAGUAAAGUAAACCUCUUGAAAAUCGGCAGAGAAAUGAGCAUGUUACGUAUUUCACGGUACAUGCAUUGUCUUUGAUGGGAACGUUGCCCCAGCAAACAUGGCCGCCAUUCAGGUACAUCAGCUCAACAGCUCGCUGGCGUAGCUCUUCAUAUCUAUGGUACGCCGCCGAAAAUGCAGACUUGAUUAGCUGAGUAAGGUCACGUGGUAUGGCUUCACACGCAUAUAAUUGGUCUAGGUUUCGUUCUGGACUCACGCAUUACCGUAAAGCCGACAGUGGGUGCAGCAGUUAAAAUAAAAGCGCCCCGUAAAAUUGAUCAGGGAUCGUAAUCCUCCUUUUUUGGCUGUAGUUCUGGGUCUGUGUAGAACAUCUUCUGCGUCCGUACCCGAACCCCUGUCCGCCAUCUACUGUAUGAUCAGGAAAUACAGGACAACGGUGUGAAGGAGGAGCCUGGACGCAGCCCCUGAACGCACCAUACGAGGCGGGCCUCGUACUGUAUUUGAACGUCGAGCGGCGAAGGAGCAUCAACCGGGUUUUGUCGUAGCUCACUUCAGAUUAACCGACACAUUACAGAUAACAUAUGGCAUGCGUUUGUUACAACGGACUAUGCAGUAACAUCGCGUUGUCUUUUGGUAGGUAUGGCGACGACUGAGCAACUAUCCUUGGAGGCUAAACGUUACUGUGUUGGCUAAUGCGGCUCACGCUCAGCAAAUUAGGCCAAUUCGUUUGCAGUUUGCAUAGAUAUUUGCGGAACACACCUGCGUCUCGAUGUACAGCACAGCCCGCUUUGACUGUUGACAACAGGACGAUCGUUGGGGAAUUAAGAUGCCUAUUCGAGCACAUUGUGCGAUUUGCUGCGAUUUCUUCGAUCACUCCAAAGAUGUUGCUGCUGUCCCCUGCGGACACACUUUCCACCAUGAAUGCCUUCUGCAGUGGUUUCAAAAAGGCCCAACAAAAACAUGCCCACGAUGUCGGAAGCAGGUCAGCAACCGGCAAAUCAUCAGCAGGCUCUUCUUUGACGCUGAUGGAGAGGAAACGCAUUCUGCUGACCCAGAAAGUUUGGAGAAUGAGCUUAAUAGGCUGAGGGCCCUUUUAAGCGCUAAAGAGCGAGACUGUCGGGACAAACAGAAAACAGUAGCUAGUUUGAAGGACUCGGUGGACAAUCAGAAGAGAGACCUGGACGGUAUGCAGAAAGAGAUUUCAAAGAAGGACAUGUUGUGUUCUGCUCUCAAAAAACAAAUGGCUUAUCUGGAGACUCAACAUGAAGACUCUCAGGCUGCCAAGGAAGAGGCCCGUAGACUAAGAACCAAAAUAAAAACGUUUGAAAGCCUGGAUGUUUUGUUACAGGGCCAAAGAGCGGAGGUGGAGUCCAUGAUCACAGACAUGGGUGUGAGUCAUGCUGCUGUGGAGCAGCUCUCCAUCUACUGUAUCUCUCUCAAAAAAGAGUAUGACAACUUAAAGGGAAGCUUGAAGUCUUCUAAUGACAUGUGUGAGAGGCUAAGGAGAGAAGUGCUCACCUCCAACGACAAGUUCCAAAAAGCUUCGGCUGAAGUGCAUCAAAGGAAAGAGGACAUGAAGUCGCUGCAACACGAUCUAGCUAAUGCUGACAAAGAGAUAUCUAGUUUAAAGAAGAAGGUGGAGUUUCUUCAGAAAUCUCUGAGCACACCAACAAGGACAAAUGAGGUGCUCAGUCGGCUCGUGUUUGAGAGCCCUGCUCCAAUGGAGCUGAAACAGCCUUGCCUCCACCAGCCUAUACAUGGCAAUGACAUUGACCUCAACUUAACCUAUGAUGUAACUACACCAGAUGACGUGGCCAAGAGACCAGUAAAGAUCCCAACCAAGAAGAUGCGUUUAGAUCAUCAACCGGCAUCGGUGUCCAAACAGAAUGAGAAGGCUUCAACGUUAAGCAAGGCCCGAGAGAAGGAUACAACCAUGGAUCCUUUCAUGAGGAACUCUCUCCUCUUCAGAAACAAGACUUUUGGUGGCAUGCUCGACCCUCGGAGGAAGCUUGGAUCUGUGCAUAGUGGUUAUGACGGAUUAGGAGGACGAACCAAAUUCAUCCAACCUUCUCCGUUGGCAGACAUUCGCCCACUCAAAAAAGCUAGAAGAAAAAAGGUGAGCAGGCCUCCACCCAAGAUGGCGUCAUGCCUGACGUUGGACAGCUUCCUGGAGUGAAGAGUGAGUCCGAUGACAGGACGCAACAUGACGUAUGGCGCAGGGCUUUCAUCAUUCAUCCUCAAACGGGACUCUUUCUAAUCGCAAUGAAUUAUUUAAAAGCAGUGAGGUGACUGACCAGUUCAUGAGUUUUUUUUUUUUUUUUUUAUGUGUGUAAAAGCACGUCUUUUUUUUUUAUGUGUGGCUGUGAGUAAACAUGCAAACAUUUUCCAGAGGUGACUGUGCAUCAAUGUAUCUGUGAUCAUGUGAUUGAUCAAGGGAAUCUUAUCUAACCCGGUUCAGUGAGCAUUUUGAAAUUGGUCAUUUUAGCACUUAUUUCAAAUCUUCUGUGUUGUAGUGUAUCCAGUUGUCGCCAUCAGCAGUAAACCAACUCCAAUAAUAAACAAUGUUUUUAUUCAUGUCUGCUCUCGGCGGUGCUUCAUUGGUGCCUUCUCCAGCAGAGGGCAGUAGAACCCCCCCCCCCCACCCACCCCCAGAUGCUGAAGGUGCUUCACAAAUGGUGUACUUUUUGGCUGCAUUGCUUAGGUAAAUUUUAAUUUAAGUUCUCCUGUGUUACAAGUAUACACCAUGUGUUACAAGUAUACACCAUGUGGUCAUCAUUACUAUGAAAAAGCAUACAAUGUACUCCAUUGCCUUGUUUG